AAAAAAACUAGUUACUACUACGAUUUUUUGGAGGAAAAAAAGAAAAUCAACGCACAAAGGGAAAAAAAAAUCCCAAAAUUCGAAAAUGGCGAAAGAUAUCGAAACUCUCACAGAAGAUGAAAGACGCGCACUUCGCGGUAGCAAAUUCGCUCCUCUUCCCACCCUUCCUCACUCCAACAAACCCAAACCUAGAUUGGCUCAUCCCGGUGGACCUGUUGCCACAAAUAAAGCAGCGGCUUUGGCGAAGUUUUUGGAGAGGAAGUUGAAGGAUCCUAAUGGAUUGGCAUCUAUUAACCCUGAUCUUCUUGAACUUGCUGUUAAUAAUGCCAAACAAACUGUUUAUACAAGUGGUACUUCAAAUUCCGGAAGAAAUGUUCGGCAUGUGGAAUCCUUUGGCGACUCAGAUGCUGGUGAAGAGGAACAGAAUGACCUGCUUGUUAUAAAGGAAUGCAAGAAGAAGAGAAAGAAGAAGAAACAAAAGAAGAAAAAUAAAAGACGAAAGGAAGUUGAAGACGCUGGAUAUGCUGUGAUGAAAAAGCCUUAACAGGUUUUAGUUCUGAUUUUGUUUAAAGCAGCGUACUUUUGGAGUUGAGGAUUGGGCCAACGAUUUUUUGUACCAUGGUUUCUUUCCUCAACUGAUAAGACCCGGUUGUUGUUGGUUUCUUUCCUCAUCUGAAUUUGCUCAUUUGCAAGUAAAAUGGAGUCACAGAUGAAAAUAGUUUGAUGGAGCUUUUGCUAUAAUUAAUGUUUUAGAUGCGCUUUGCCUGUAAAAUACUAUUGAAAGAUAGGUUAGAAGUUAGAAGUUGAAGGAAACUUUUCCUAUAAUUAAAAUUGUCUCACUUUAUGAAGUUAGAAGUAAUCUCCUUCAAUGAUGCAACCAUUGAACACAAAUAAAUUGAUAUCUAUUGUUACAA